AGUAGACAAACUUAAAACUUCUUUGAUGGCCCUUUUGUGAUGGUUUGUGCUCAAGAAAGGGGCAUUGUGCAUGUCCAUGCACUAAAAAUUAAAAGAAGGGCUUGCUCAGACACGAGUGAGAGUCCAGAGUCGGUUAAUUCUAAUACAAAUUAUAACUAAAUAUCUCACCCCAUUUGAACCUGACUGCAAUGCUCUUGGAGCCAAGCAAGAGAGAUAGAGAGAGAGAGAGAGAGAGAGAGCCAUGCAUUAUUUUGUGAUGUCAUGUCAAACCGUUUUGUGAUAAUAAUCAUGCAUCAAUUGUGGUUAAAUGGGAGCCAUUUCCAUGCUUUUCUUGCCUCUUCACUUUGUUUAAACUUUAAAUGAAGCUCUCUGCAAUUGCAUCACCAUUACAUCAACCAAUACUUCACCCCCUCCAGCCUCCUUCGACCCCAUCUCUGGCAAUGGUGAGACCUCCUUGCUGUGACAAAUUGAACGUCAAGAGGGGCCUCUGGACAGCCGAGGAAGAUGCAAAGAUACUGGCAUAUGUAUCCAAACAUGGAAUUGGUAACUGGACACUGGUCCCCAAGAAAGCAGGACUCAAUAGAUGUGGAAAGAGUUGUAGGCUAAGGUGGACUAACUACCUGAGGCCUGACCUCAAGCAUGACAGCUUCACACCCCAAGAAGAAGACCUUAUUGUUAACCUACACAAAGCUAUAGGUAGCCGGUGGUCUUUGAUUGCAAAGGAAUUGCCUGGAAGAACAGACAAUGAUGUGAAAAACUACUGGAAUACUAAGCUGAGGAAGAAGCUCACGAAGAUGGGCAUUGAUCCUGUAACCCAUAAGCCCUUUUCCCAAAUACUUACCGACUAUGGCAACAUCAGUGGUCUCCCCAACACCGCAACACGAAUGGGGUCCUUCAGUAGGGGCCUGAACAACGCAUCAGUAUCAGUGUCAGGACUUUCAUACACCAACAUGAAUGACCUUAAGCCAUUGGUAGAGCAAUUCCAGGUUCUCAACCAAGAAACUGUCCAACCACAUUUCUUCAGUGAAGUCCCCUCGUCGUCAUCCUCAUCUUCUUCUUGUUCUAACGUCACCCAACUGAGCUCACCCCAAUCCUUCCCUUGCCAACCAUCUCAGGCUCAGUUUAUACCUUCUUCUCCCUUCAGCUGGAAUGACUUUCUUCUCGGAGACCCUUUUCUUCCCACUGAUUUGCAGCAACAAGAAGAGUGUGAUCCCCCUAGCCCUUCACUUGUAACACAAAAUGAGUUCCCCUACUGCAAGUUUAAUGGACUUGGAUACAAGGAUUCCAACACAUUUCAGUAUGGUGCAACUACUGGAGAUGACAUGGGAAACUCCCACAAAGCUUCUUCAUCUCCUGCAAGUUCAUUUGUUGAAUCCAUCUUGGAUCGAGACAGCGAGAUGCGUGCCAAAUUGCCCGAACUUUUGGGUGAAUCCUUUGAUUACUUGAGUAUCUAAAUUGCAAGUUUUCUAGCUCUUACACUGGGGAAAGUUCCAGGGUUGUUCAAUGUAGCUAACAAUUCAGCAUGAAAUGGAGAUAGUCUUGCGUCUUAGAUCAGCCAGUUACAUUUAGUAAAUUAUGGAGUGUAAGGUCUAUCGAUAUUCUAAUAAAAUAGGUCAUUUUCAUCAUGAAAAAAGGGGAUUAUUACAGUGAGAUCAUCAAAGAAAAGGCAUGUCAUCACGACAUCACCAGCACUGAAGGGCAACUUAAAGAGCAUAGGAUAAGAUACAUUUAUAAAAACAUACCUAUAACCCACCUUCUGAAUCUUUUCUUAUUCCUAGUUUGGCUUAUAUCUAUGUUGGGCUCUCAAGAUAAAAGAUUCAGAUAGAAAAUGUUAGAAGAUUCCAAUCCCAUGGACCAGUUAAUUUCACCUAUCUGGGUUAUCUUGUUAAUUGUUAAUUAUAGUAUUAAUGACGCCUUCUCCCAUCCUAGAUGCGGGAGAAUAGGAUUUUUAGAUCCGAUUCCACCUCCUUAUCCUGUUAAUCGAUAAUUAGGGGAAUUAAUUAUGCAUAAAUUUGAGAGAUUAAUCCAAGAUAUACUAGGAUAUCUUCCUAACAAAUUCUGGCAGUCCUUGAAGUGCUAGCCGACCACAAAAUGGCAGAAAUCAAACAGCCUUAAACAAAAACGGUUAAGUUAGUUAGAUAAUUAGAAAAAAUAGAAGAAAUAGAUGGAGGACACGCCGAGAGAAGCAUAGACACACUUUGCAGAGAGCAGUAUUCAUUCAUCAGUCAUGAAUACUUUGGAGAGAUCAUCCGUUUCCUUCCGCCGACAGGGCUCCUCCGGCCGCAUUUGGGACAACCAGUUUCAGGCAAUAGGGCAAAAGGCUGAUGUGCCGCAGGCUGCAGCCAUGGCUACCAGAAAAAGGCAGGAGGUGACAUUCCAGGAAAUGGAGAAUCAGACCCCUCGUUCACGGUCUGGGAAUUCAACCCCCCCACCUCCUAAUUCUCGAGACAAGGGUCAAAGGUGUGCAUUCUCAGCUGUUUUCGGGCGAUGUAUUGGGACUCGGACCCCCUGAAAAUCCUUUGUAUCUUGGUUUCUUGCCAUCAUCUGUGUAGAGUUCUGGGUUAUGUCUUUCUUCUUUCUCACUCCCUCUUUUCCUUUUUCGUUUAUUUUAGAUCAGCAGCGUUUGUAUUCAUGCAAACUUAUUUCAUGUUUUCUGGUAUUUACUUGCCUCUUCCAUAUUUUCUCGGUGAGUUUUUCCUGGAAAAUUUUAAAUGGGAGCAUGUUAAAUUCUCGGGUUGCAUUUGGUAGAAAACAUGAAAAUGGAGGUGAAUCACAAUGUCGCCGGUAGAGAAAUCUCCUUCGUUGAAGUUACGUUACUUCCCCAUGUUGGAAAGUGUGACUUAAUAUGAUCAUUUUAACAUUUGAAAUA